AUAGCCACAACUGCUCAGUUGCUCGGAGAGCAGGAACACAGGUCCUGGAGACUCGAGUGUCCUUAGGCUGGAAGGAGCUGCUGUGUAAAUCAAAGGGGUGAAAUCUACAAUAUUACAGCCCUGGACAUCAGCCGAUGAUUUCAUGAGGUAGUAGGAGAAGGUCAAAAGGCUCUAACGUGAAUUGGCAUCGAGUGUCAUUAUGAGAUGUCGUCUCUCAGUGCCUCGUUUGUGCAAAUCAAAUUCGAUGACAUCCUCUUUUAUGAGAACUGUGGUGGAGGUAGCUUUGGCUGCGUGUAUCGAGCCAAGUGGAUCUCACAGGACAAAGAAGUGGCUGUGAAGAAGCUUCUCAAAAUUGAAAAAGAGGCUGAAAUCCUUAGUGUUCUGAGCCACAGAAACAUCAUCCAGUUCUAUGGAGCUAUUCUUGAAGCACCUAAUUAUGGCAUAGUAACAGAAUAUGCAUCUGGAGGCUGUUUAUAUGACUACCUGUCCAGUAAAGAGAGUGAGGACAUGGACAUUGGACAGAUCAUGACUUGGGCCAUGGAAAUAGCCAAAGGAAUGCACUAUUUACACAUGGAAGCUCCAGUUCGGGUAAUUCACAGGGAUCUGAAGUCCAGGAAUGUGGUUAUAACUGCUGACAGAGUGCUAAAGAUUUGCGACUUUGGCGCCUCGAGGUUUCACUCGCACACGACCCACAUGUCUCUGGUGGGAACCUUUCCCUGGAUGGCCCCAGAGGUGAUCCAGAGCCUCCCAGUGUCGGAGACGUGUGACACGUAUUCCUAUGGCGUGGUUCUGUGGGAAAUGCUUACACAGGAAGUUCCUUUUAAGGGUCUGGAAGGAUUGCAAGUUGCUUGGCUUGUGGUGGAAAAAAAUGAGAGGUUAACCAUUCCCAGCAGCUGCCCGGCCAGUUUCGCUGAAUUAAUGAGGCAAUGCUGGGAAACUGAGCCAAAGAAAAGGCCAAUGUUUAAACAGAUCAUCAUGACCCUGGAGUCCAUGUCCAAUGACAGCCAACUUCCUGACCAGUGCAAUUCCUUCUUGCACAAUAAGGCAGAGUGGAGGUGUGAGAUCGAGGCCACUCUGGAAAGGCUGAAGAAGCUGGAGCGAGACCUGAGCACGAAAGAGCAGGAGCUGAGGGAGAGGGAGCGGCGCCUCAGGAUGUGGGAGCGCAAGCUGAUUGAACAGUCCCACUCGCCGCUUUUCUUACCUGUUGCUGCAAAGAUUUCUGAAGAGUCUUUCUAUGAGUCUAAGACAGAGGAGUCAAACAGUACCGAGAUGUCCUGUCAGAUCACAGCCGCCAGUAAUGGGGAGGUUGAUGGGCUGAGCCUGCAGGCCAUGAUGAAGGGCUUUGGGAAUAUGUUGUCAAUGGACCUGACAGGACCUGUCUUGCACUCCGGCAUGCAGAUUAACAUGCAGGCCAAACAGAACUCCUCCAAGUCCACCAGUGUGAGAGAGGGAAGAAAACUCAACAUGACAGUGGGGUUGGGUCAGCUUGACUGGUCUGAUGACAGCGACUAAUCAUGCCUGAUUUUAUUGUAGCCCAACUAGGGUGGGGUAUGCAAUUUACAUCCUUCAGUUGAUUUGACAUGUGUUUUAACUCACAGUUAACUUGUGGUCAGUAGUUUUGUUAACUGCCUUCAGUCAUUGCAUGUUCAAAAAUACACAGAAAUUUCAGUGAUGUCAGCUGUAACAUCAUCAUGCAAGCAGGCUUAGGCAUAAAAUCCUACUUUUGUGAGUGAUGCUGUUUAGAUUCUGAGCAAUGUAUUUGGGAAAUGAGCAACUUUGCAGUAUUUUCUUAACUUCAAAGGGCACACCUAGGUUUGAAUCAACCAAAAAAAAAAUAAAGACUAUAAAAAGUGCUACAGAACCUUUUUAAUUUUGACAUUUCACUAAUAUGAUGCACGCUAUUAUUCUAGUCCUUAUAAAAAUUCUUAUUAUAUAUAGACACUGUAAAUGUAAUAAUACAUUGUUUUGUUAAAGAAGGAAAAUCCAUGUUUGCAUAAUUGAAUACAAAUUUGAACAUGGGUUCUUAAAGGUUCCUACGGUAUUGAAAUUCGAAACUAAUUAUAUGAUUAAUGUACUGUAUGGACUAAAUUAUACAUACUGUAGAACAAAUAAUGGAAUGGUAGACAGGACAAAGAAAUACCUAUGUCAUUAUAAAACUGGUUAUAUGAAGUUACAAGUAGAUGUAUUACUAGUUGAAAUUCAAGUAUAUUAGCAACCUAAUGCAUUAUAUUUGUCUAAUAAUGCAUUAGGCCACACAGCCCUGGGCAUACAAUGAGAUAAUGUCCCUGUGAGACAAUGGAUAUUUCCAUAAAACAGUGAGAACAUUAAAUGGCAUUCAGUGUUUUUUGACAGAAGUUUACCCAUAUCUGGUAUGAUUGGAACAUUUGGUAUAAGAGAAGAUGGUCAUUCCUAAAGAUCAGUGGCACAUCAAUAUGGUGUCAGCUAAAAUGUGAUCCACAUGCUUUGUAAGCAUUUCCAAGAAACUGGAGAUGUUCAUACUGUAUAUGUUUAAGGGUUAUUGGGAACUGUCAAGCACAGUAGCAGGUGAUCAUCAGUGUGAUGCCCCUUAAGGCAUUAUAAAAGCAUCACAUGACAGCUUCAGAGUGUUUGCCUCUUGGUAGUUUUUUUUCCCAAUAUUGGUGAAUCAGAAAUUAUUUUGAUUUGUUGAUGGUUUGUGUCCAUUAUACAGCAGAGCACCCCAGGGAAGAGGUUUGGGCAAUAAAGCACUGCAGCUGAUGUGUGUGUGUGUAUGUGUGUGUGUGUGUGUUUGUAUUCUAGAAGAAUGCAAAUUAAUUCAUACUAGGUGGCUGCUUUUUCGAAGCCUCUUUCUGAAGCUGUUCAGCUGGUUUUUGCCCUGUGAUUACAUUAAAGGAGAGUCCCUAGUAAUGUGUCACCUUCUCCGUUGCGAGAGGAUGUUUCAUUAUCAGAACUCUGUGUUAUACAGCUGAUGAGCCAGAAGGCAGCAGUCCACUUUUGACCUUAACAGAUGUGGUUGUUAAUUUUUAGAAUGUAAUAUUCAGAACCCCCUGUUCAGCUGGUUUGCUUCAUACCCUUGGUUUUUUAAAUGUGUCAUUUUUACCAGUUUGAAGAAACUCUCAGAUUACUAUUUUGAUGUGUGUUCAACCUAAGUAUCUACUCUUACCAAAUAUUUCCCUUGGCUGCCACUCCGUACAGGUACAUGACUGUCCGGUCCCAUUUAUCAAUACACAUCCUCCUCUUCAUACAUAUGCUUCUAUUUAACAUUAGCAUUACUGCCUUGCAGAGCUGGAUGCAUGGAUUCAGUUCCUGGGGUGCUAUCUGCAUGGAGUCUGUGUGUUCUCCCCAUAUUCACAUGGGUUUUCUGUCAGGUGUUCCAGUGUCCCUCUACACUGGUAGGGUUAAUUUGCCCUGGUGUGAGUGUGUGUGUAUCUGUGUUUGCGUCUGUGUGCCCUGCGAUGGACUAGCGUCCGAUCCAGGGUGUACCCUGCCUUGCGCCCGUUGCUUGCUGGGACAGGCUCCAGUUCACCCCGCGACCAUGAAUUGGAAGAUGUGAUAAGAAAAUUGAUGGAUUGCUGUUAUAUAAUCGAACCCCUCCUUCCCCUCACACCCAUCCAACUAUUUUGUGUCCUGAGACUUUGGAGGAUUCCAGAAACCUGCCAGCAACACUGGGGAAAAAAGGCAGGAAAGUUUCUGUGUCCCAAAUUAACUAAAAAAUAAACUGUAAAAAGGCAGAAUUUCACAGAGCCAAAGACAGCCCUGUGUUGGCAGACUGCCUGGUCUCCAUUUGAUGCUCAGUGCAGUAAAACUGGAAUUGGGAAAUGUAAGACUAGGUAUUUUUAAGCAUAGCUGUGGACACAGGCGAGAUUAAUUACUUCUUAGGCCCUUACAGUUCAAUCCAGGUCUUCCACAUGCCUGCAACCAAUGGAAAUGUAAAUAACUAUGAUCUGACUAUAGACAUUUACUGCAUUCCAGAGAGAUUACUUGAGGAUAAUGUUGAUGUUCAUUAGAAUCCAUUUUUUUAUCCCAUCUACUACAGGCAUUAACCAUGAACUAUAUGUAUAUACACCAACAGAAGAUCAAACAACAGUAUUGAACUAAAAAUAUCAUCUUCUGUAUUAAAAGACGAUAAUGAGGCCCAAAGGUAAAUCUGUACGACAAUUUAGCUGAAAUAAACUACUACUGAAGAACAUUUUUUUAUCCAUCCCCCUCAGUAGAUUAUGUCAUGUAUCAGUGUACUAUAUAUACUGUAACAGGACAGCAGUGUUUGGCAAAAGUUGAAAGAAAGUGACUUGUGUAAUCCAAGCUGGUGCCGAUACUAACCCUACAGACCAGCAGAACCUAACACUGUGAAAAGAACUGUUUCAUUUCAGAUGUGCAGACUGUAUGCUAUAUGCUGUGUUGGAUUUUUUUUGUAUUCUUGCUUAUUUAAUGGCAUGACAGUAAUUUACCAACUUCUGAACAAACAAUAUGUGAAAAAAUCGGGAAUUUAUGAGGUUUCACACAAGUAUUAAAAUGAUAGCUGUGCAAUGUCAUAAGCACUGCAUUGAGGCUUGACCACUUUUUUCAAUGCUAAAUUUUAAUUUGUACAAUCCUAUUUAUAUUUCACAUCUAUCUAAAUGUUUGUUUUGAUGUGAACUCCUCUUGUGUUGCUGCUUUCUCUUCUAUAUACUUAUUUUUCAAUAAACUUUUGACAUGAAAUGA